ACUACGUUAGCGACGUGCCGCUCGGCGGUAUAUUUCCGCUGGUUGAAAUUAUGGGUACUAGUCAAUUUUGAAAAGUCUGUAUUUUACUCAAAUUUUAUUCGCAAAGUACCCUAAGUUUUCUUUUUUUCUGAAAAUACCGGUUACAUUCUGGAGUUUGGAAAUUAUGGCUGAGGAACUGAGUCUGGUUUUGUCAGCUGAAGCAAGUCAUCAUACUUCUUUACCAGCAAUCCCAAACAUAAUAUCAGAGGCAUGUCCACCCACAUACUCCCUGCAGCCCAGUGUCUUGGGAGGCUAUUUGAGCAGUGGAAGUCAGCUGGUAUGGAGAGCAUUUGGCCCUACAGUAGAGGUGCUCAACUCGUCUAAUGGGACACGAGUUGCAGCAUGGACUUUUGGGGCCAUUUUAAGAAGCAUGGAAGCUAAGGUCUUGAGUGUUUGUGGGGUUGGUCAGGCACCUGGAGUCAUCUCUCACAUUGUGUGUGGUGUGGACAGAGGACCAGAAGCAUCACCCAGAGGUCUGGCUGCUGUUCUGUCUCUCAAUUCCUCAAAAAUUGUCCGGGCUUUUUUGUUUCCCAAUGCGGUGGUUCAAGUGUGCCCUAUCACUGGUGGUACAGCGUGGGUUGAUGCAUGUACAUUGCACCCAAGUUUGCGGCACUGCAGUCCACUUGUAGUCAUUGCAACUAAUCAGCCAUCUUUACAUUUACUUGAUCUAGCUCUUGAUGUAUCAGCUGAAAUAGGCAAGUCUGAUGAAGUGAAUCCUGCCAGCCUGGUCAGUCUUCCACUUACUUCCUGCUCAUCUACAUCGGUGCUCCAGCACCGCCUCUCAGCUCUCAGAGAAAGAUUGCACUUUUCCACCACAAUAUUGGAAGGUAGUGUCAGUAGCAGCAGAUUCUCGCUCUUGGGUCCAAAUGAUGCAGUUCUGUGUCAGCUCCCAGUGGAGGCCGUCGCGGUCACCUCAUUGCUCUACAUCCCGCAGAUUGCUUCUCUUGCUGUUGGCUACAAUUUUGGUGCCUUCCAGCUCUACAAUAUUCGCAGCAUGGCUAUCGAUUGCACGAGCCCAUAUGAAGAAGGUGUUCCUGGUGUAAUAUCGUUUGCCUACCAAGAACCUGAGAAUGACCCACGCAACUGUGUAUACUUAUGGCUUUGCCGCAGCAAUGCCCCUUCAGAUUUCCAGUCAUCAGAGAGCGGGGAUGGCGGUGCCGUGUGCACCCUGUACUCGAUGACCUAUGAGAAGCGCGAGUGGAUCGAAGGGCAUGGCCUGAGCUACCAAGGACUGUCUUCUAUAUCUCCGAGGUUUGAGUUUGAAGCGGACGGCAGCCCCAGCUGUUGGGGCAGUCCGGAGGGCGGCGGGGCCACGGUGCUGUUCACGUGCCACACUAUCACUCGACCCACGCCUCCCUCCACACCUCCCCCUCUAGCCAACUGCCCCCCCUCUCUCCUCCUCAGCGCUACUGAUGAGGAAGGUAGCAGCAGUCUUGUGAGUGACCUGAGCCUGUGCUUGUUUGGCUGGUACAGCCGGACUAGCAACGAGCGCGGUCGCUCAUCCAUUCAGCAUUAUGUUGCUCUUUUUGAUAUUAAUCAAUGGUACCAAGCCCAAAUGCCAGGCUCUGCUCGUCUGACGACCGGCAAGAUGUGUCCGUACAUGAGCUUCCAUCGCCUGGACCGAGUGCCGUGCGGGACAAACGAGCGAGUGCUCGCUGCCGCGCCCCUCACUACGAGCAACAUCGUCAGGCACAUGGCGCCUUCUGGCUCAUCUGAGCGAGAUUGGUACCCCGCUUCACUUUCGUAUGGCGUUGGAGUGCUGAGCAGCAGUGGUUGUGCGUGGUAUCAGUGCCGCAGUUCCCAGCGAGCUUGUCUGCGCUGGUUGCUGGCUCAGGGCCCCGCUGCUGUGCUUAUGUGUCCUCAAGAUGCCGUCGCCAGGUGCUCCUUUGCUGGUCUCAGCGGUGAACACGACUUCUUGUCCCCAAGACUGGACUCAAAGAAAAGUGAGAGGGAGAUCGUGCUGGACACCUGUCUGUCCCAACACCUGCUGUCUGUGCUGAGCGAGUGUGUGUCGGAGUUCAGUGAGGGAAGGUUUGCUGGCAUGGGCUGCACUCUUCCUUCCUUCUUGCACUGGGCCUGGAGCAAAGUUACCGAUACAAAAGCUGAUACGGAUGCCCUAUUGCUGCGUCUGUUUAGUUGUGGUGAUGCUCAGCUAACGCCUGAGCAGCUGCAGCGACUGCACCACAACCUCAACGUGCUGGGCUCACUCCGCACCUUGCUCGCCCUCUGCGCCCAGCACACGCCCAUCACCACCAAGCAUGCAGGCGGUGGCCGUGGUGAGGUAUCAGCAUAUUCAACUGUGGUGACGCUGCUGCAUCAACACCUCACAGUGACUCUAUGGUUCCAGCACUGUCAGCUCCUGCCUGAGGUUGACCCUAGUCUGGCCAUGGAGGACUCCUCAGCUGUGCCUUAUCCUGCUUUAAACCUGGCACAAAUUUACCAGAACAGGCGGCAAGAAAUUCGUGAGCUCAGCCCCAACCUGGAAGGAACUGACCUCCUCAUGAUUGAUCUUCUCAUCGAAGAACUCGGGGUGAAGAACAUGAACGAAUGGGGGGAAGGAUGCCCUGUUUACCCACCCCAGUCACUGCAGGCCCUGCUUGAUUUAUAUCUCCUCGCUGACGUUGAUCUCUCACUCAAGCACAGGAUUGUCCAGUAUCUAUUCCUUGACCUCUCCAGCAUUCUGUCAGACGGAUUUUCAAGUGCUGUAGAGCAGCUAAUCAAAUUUCCAGCAAGCGCCAAGUUAUCUCCGUCUAUCAUCAAACUCACGCAGGCAUUUUGGCUUCUUGAUCAGAAAGACUUCCAGAGCGCUGUGGACCUCUUCUUAGACCCUCUGGUGGUGCGCACUGACAUCACGACUGCCCAGCACCGACGUAUUAUACGGGCUCUGCUAUGCCAGAAUGAAGCCUACCUGGCGCUACGAUACUAUGAAGGCCGCAAGCCACCACAUCAGGAGCUGGAAGACGUACAACUUCAAUUGUCCGUGCUGCUCGCCAAUGGACGUGUUAGAGAAGCGUUCCACUACCAGCGUAACCACGCUACAGUUGCUAACCAUUUGAAGCUACUGCUCCAUCUCUUGCAAGGUUGCGAAUUCUAUGGACUCCUGCACGAGUUACUACAGCUGCCUCUUUCGGCUGCCGAGGAAAAUGCUUUUUUGGACUUCCUCCGCGACUCAGAGCAGCCCCUGGCCAAGCACAUCCUCACAGUAGCCUGCCUAAGAAACUUCAGAUACAAUGAUGCUGGCUCAAUUGGUCUGGCUGAAGACAAGCAGAAGCAGGCCGCUCGUACAGCGUUGUUACAUUGUUACUCGGCUCAUCUGCAGCCCAACAUAGUCCCAACUGCAAUGAAGGAGCAUCAUAAUCGGUACGAGUACAGCGCCAAACAGCCCUUGUCAGCUUGCCUACGUCAAGCAGCUCUCAGUCCCGUCACGAAGGCAAAGAGCUUCCGCGACCGUCUCGCUUUUGCCCAGGACAAGUUACCCACUGAGCCUUUCACUCCAUUCAGAUCGCGGCUACAGCGUCAGGAAAAACGCACCGUGAAUGAUCUCUCGAAAAGUGAGUGUUCUUUGCUGUUUCCGAGCCGUGUGCUGGAAAAGAGCCGAGCUGCAGACUCGACGGCUUCAGCCUCGACCAGGGGAUCAAUUCUUGCGAAUGUUUCGGCCCACAUCACCGGGCUCUUGAGCACCCCGCCAGCGCCUCGACGGGCACGUCCCUCAUUUCUCAGCCGAGCGCCAUCAGUAAAUGGCAGCACCGCCGCCUCCACCCCGCAGUCUAUCCUCAAGGUCCGCUCUUUGUUGAAACGCCCUAUGAGUCCAUGCAGCUCGAGUGGAGACUUGUCUGUACCUCCACCUCCUCGAUCCUCUACCCGGCCCGUUGUUCAUAGCAAAGUAUUGCUAGAAGAAGACGGGGAAGCAUCGGACUCGUCGUGCCUCACACCAAAGCAAUUAAGGUUUGCGUUGCCUUCGCCACCUCCACAAGAGACCAGCAGUGAGGCACCAACCCGUGACGAUGUGACAGGCUUAACCAAAAUUGCUUCUGACUUGGAGAAAAAUGGUGAAGACUCUGAUGACAUUAGUGACUUAGAUGUUCAGCUGGAGCCUUACAUCAACAAACGCGCAUCCAUGGACAAGACAACAGCUCUUUAUGAAGAGCAGGAGUCUUGGGAACUCAUUGGAGACCAGUCGCUGCCUACUGAAAUGCCGCCCUCGUUUACUGGAGUGCUGCAACGCGUGUCAGCAGACGAAACAGUCAACAGAUCUCAGGUAGAAUUGGACUCCAAAAGAAAGGAGGAGCUAGACAAAUGUCCAGUCGAUGAGGACGAAGAUUCGGUUUUGAGCGGCAUAAAUGAACAUUUCUUCAGUUUUGAAAGUGAAGAACAAGAUGAAUCACAAGCUGGCUGUCAUGAACAAGAAACCGAUGUGUUGAAACAUGGAAACGUUGAUCAGCACCGAGCAGAAUAUGAAGUAAAGGAUAAUACACAGACCGACUUCAAUUGCGAACAAAAUGACAACGAAAAAUUGAUAGCGCAAAAAAGUUGUGAACCGUUUGUGACAUCAGGCUAUCAAGAAGAAGAAACGCGAGGCAAUGAACCUGUGGAAUUGAGAGCCCCGCGAAAAGAAUUAGAUGAUACCACCAUCGGUGACGAAAUUGUUGACACAUGUGCUGAGGAAGUGAGUAGCGUUAAUCAGUGGCUAAACGAACCUUGUGACACCGUUCCCAUUUUGUCAAGUGCGACACACAAUUCCUGUCGCUUUCUGGUGGAAGAACAAAGUAGCCAAGAUGCGACAAGGUUUCAAAUUGAAGGUAAAAACACGAAUUUUUCUUCAUCUUCUCAUAAAAUUUCUACCUCAUCGCAUGUGCUCUCACUCAAUGAAAUUACUGCAGAAGAAGUUGAGUCCUGCCUGCUAGAAAAUGCAACCACUUCUACCGGCGCCUUUUCUGUAGUAGAAUCAACAACUCGGAGCGUGAAUGAAGUUCUCGUAAGCUCCAAGCGUCGCAGAAGAUCAAGUUCUUCGGAGUCUGAAGGCCAGGAAGUAGUGGAGAAGCCGCCUUCCAAAACUGCUAAAUUUUCUAAUGAGACAAGACAGUUUACGUCUGUUGUUGAACGCGAGACGAUACAAUCAUUACAUUUUUCUGAUGAUGAAAAUGAUUCGAAUGAUGACGAACCUAACGUGGAAGACAAGGACGCUCACGAUGUAAUCAUGUCUCAAAAUAAUAAUGCAGCCCCAGAACAAAUCGUACUUUCUCCUGCAUCGAUCCAUGAUUCUGAAGGUCUAUCUAGCUCAACAGCAAGUAAGAAAGAAAACUCUACUCGCAGAGGUGUGGCCGACGAGUCGCACUUACAUUUUACUGAGAUUCCACUAACACGGAGCCAGUCUCCGAUCUCCUGCAAAGUAAAUCUUCUUCCUGAGACGCAACCGUUUCCCGUUACUAAAGUCCAAGAAGGAUCUAAAGAGGUCAUAAAUGCUCUCCAUCUUUCCAGUUCUGAUGAAAGUUCAGAUGAUACUGAUUCAGCGGAACCAAUCCGAGAAAUCUUGAAGAAAAAAUCAAAUGAUACAAUUGUCUCGGUUGAACAGCCUUUGCAUGACAAGGAAUCGAGCUCGGACACGGUAGUUCAGGUCAGUGAAAAUAGUAAGGACGAAUAUGAACAUAUAAAGGAUGCUCAUUCUCUUGAAUCUUCAGACAACGCAUUACUUAAAGAACAAAAUCACACAUCUGUUCCUCUUUUGACGUCUGAUGAUCGCGCAGUCGAAAAUACAUCCGAGUCACUCUCGAAAGUGGAACCAUCUGAAGCCUCUAUCAGAACGCCUCGUAAAGUCGAAAAGAUGCUGGUAGGCAUCAAUCCUUCGAACAUUAUCAAUACCUCUUAUGCAACGCCACUAAGACGAAGGCGUCGUAGUGACGCAGACGCUUCUCUUAUUCUGGAUCCUCCGAGUGGUUUUACCGACUCGGUUAGUCUUCGCAGCCCCAGUCGUCGGUAUGGUGCUGAGUCUCCUCUCAUUGCCAAAGAUGGGAACCGAAUGCAAGGGUUGAAAACAACCGUGCCUCCAAUGCUCGACUUGUCAUCCUAUGAUAAGACCGAUUUGGAACCUAUUUUCAAAAACACAGACGGCGAGGAAAAUAUUGUUGAAGUCGAUUGCUCAAUUCCCUGUAUAACUACAUCUGAUGCCUCGGCUCUCCACACAAGUGAUGGGUCAGAAGAAAAGAAAUCUGACGGUGAAAUUAAAAAGGCAGAUAGCUCUGCAGUCGACUCAAAAAUAAUCGAUAAAAUUGUGGGCUCGUUGGAUGAAGACUCGGAGCUUGCAGUUCGCAAGUCUCCGGCACGUCGAGGUAGACGCUCUAGUAUCGAUGGCGUGACUGAUCUACUCUCUCCAGCUACACCUUUGCGCCGAAGUUCACGACGUUCGGUUACUCCCUCCAAGUUUGGAACGCCUGUGCUUGAAAGUGUACCCGAGGUAUCAGAGAAAAAGACACCGGUUAAGAGAAUUCUUAAGAAAUCGCAUUCCACCAUCUCGGAUGACGCAGAUAAAUCUAUAACGAGUAUCUUUAGUGACCAACCUUCUUCCGAUGUGGAUGAAGCAAUCAAUACUCCACUAAACGGACGCAGAGGACGAAGAAAAAGUAUUGAUAGUGGAACGCCAAUCGCAAGUCCUGCUGCAACGCCAUCCACUCCUGUACGUAGGAGCCGCCGAGUCAGCGCUACUAUCCCUGAUCCUCUUCAAGUUAUAGCUGAAGAGAUCGCUGAGAAUAUUCAAGAUGAAACAGCAACGGCUACGCCCUCUAAAACUCUGAUCAAAAGUCAAAGGAAAAGUAGGCGUUCCAUGGCAGUGCCAGAUUUGCAGCCUAUACCUGAAGAUGAGAAACUAGCAACUGUAUUUUCACUUGCUGCUAAAACUACACAGUCUACGCAGAAAAUGACAUCAGACACCGGAGCUUCAGUGUCGAAAAAUGUUGAUCUUUCUGUGGAGAAUUCAUCUAUGAAACCUAUCAAGAUGCUGAGUCUGGGAAAUGAUUAUGAAAUUGAAACGGGAAUUGAGGAGAAAGUUCGAGGGCGACGCCGGAGCAGUUCGAGCCGCAGAACGAGCAGAGAAGCGCCUUUCGGGCGCGGCAUCAUCGCUAUGACACUGCACAGCACGGACACAAGUGAAGACGAGAAUCCGAUACCUGUUAGACAGCGCAGGCGUUCGAAGUGGUCAUCUGAACUGUCUGCAAACAGCAGCAUCAUCUCCAUACCUAAGAAACCUUCGUCUGACUCAGAAGAGGAGGAUGAAAGCAUCGAGGAGCAUCCUGAAGAAUUAGGAGUGGACGAUAUCCCCAUCGAAGAUAUUAUUCCUAAUGAAGAAGAGCCCUCAGAAGAAGUACCGGCAAAGGGUACCAAAUUACGGAACCUGCGUCACUGGAGUCCGGUUCAGUCGAGUGCGGACGAACUAAGGAAGCCGUCAACGUCUCGGCGCCGCUCUUCGGCAAUGAGCGUCGGCGGCAGCAGCUUGAGGGUCGGGCUCAAGAGGUCGCGGGAGUCCUUCAAACUCGUGUCGUCCGAACCAGAAAUUGAAAAGGAAGACCAGGCCCCUGCUGUCAUGAACUCCAAGAAGAAGCGCAAAAGCGGUGCCAACAAUUAGCUAGCGUCAUUGUCCUAAAAAUCAUCGUGGACGACCAAGUGUAACUAAGUAUUUUGCCCAACUUAUUGUAAAUGGAUUUGUUUCCGUUGAUCACCAUCUAACCUGAAAUUAAUACGUGGGUCGAGUAUCGAACCAAAAAGUAAUUUGCUUUCCCAGUCAUUUCCAUCGAUCUUGAUUGCGUUAUCUAAAUGUACACAGCUGUUUUAGGGAUAGGGCUUCAAUAUAUUUGACUUUAAUAA